AUGGCGGGCAAGGAGGAGGCGGGGAAGUUGACGGUCAGUCCGGGCAGCGCUGCUGCCAAUUCGACGGAUGCCGGCGUCGAUGGUCCUGCGGCGGUGUUCCCCUCCGCCGCCGGAUCCAUCUACACGGAGGGUGACGAGUCAGAGAAGGGGGUUGCUGCGAUUGACAAGAUGCUUGGGGAGGCGAAUCUGUCAUCCGCCGUCGCCAAUCAGCCGGCCGCAGCACCACCACGUCCAAACAAGGGCAAGGUUCGGCUGUCGAAAGCCGAGAUUAGGAGCAUAAUUGCCCUGAAGCUAGAGCAAGAACCCAGCGCGGAUUACCUGGACGAUCUGGCAGAGUAUUUCCCUCCGGAGUGGAUCGAGGAAAGGAAGCGUGCCCACGCCGACAGCGUAAAGCUUUUCAAGAAGAUGGACGAUGAUUUCGAAGAGUACAGGCAGCAGGUCAUCGCGUCUGUGAGGGACAAGGGCUACUUCGAGGUCGAUGAAGACUUCAUCGCCAAGAGGGAAAGAGACAAUGAGUUGGGUCUCGAACAACAGAGGAGGAUUCAGGCGGCUAAUCCCCGUAGCCGCAAGUAUGUUGCUACCCCGGAGGACAGGAUAAGGGAUGCAGACGGUUAUAUUCCCUACGUUCGUAAGAAAGCUGACGCUCUUGUUGAUUAUGUUGUCAUUGAUGAUGAAGCUGUGUUUCUUAAAGAUUAG